AAGGAAAGGUUAAAAACGUCAUUUGUUGCGGUGUCCAAGCUAGGGUUUUAUGUUCCAUUUUAUUUCAACUCUCAUUGUGUAACGCCCCUCUGUUCUGCUAUCCAUCGCUGGCUAAGGUCUCUCUUCUCUCUGUCUCUCUAUUUGAGGUAGGUCGUCUUGAAGGGGAAAAUAUUUGAGUGAAAAUGGUGGACAAGACAAAGGGGAGAAAGGAGGAGGUAGUGACCAGAGAGUACACCAUCAACCUCCACAAGCGCUUGCAUGGCUGCACCUUCAAAAAGAAGGCACCCAAGGCCAUUAAGGAGAUCAAGAAGUUUGCUCAGAAGGCUAUGGGAACAAAGGAUGUGAGAGUGGAUGUCAAGCUGAACAAGCAUAUCUGGAGCAGAGGGAUCAGAAGUGUCCCAAAAAGGAUCAGGGUUCGCAUUGCUCGCAGGAGGAAUGAUGAUGAAGAUGCCAAAGAAGAGCUCUACUCUCUUGUCACCGUUACAGAAAUCCCACCAGAAGGAUUGAAAGGUCUUGGCACCAAGGUCAUUGAAGACGAGGAUUAGUCUUUCUAUUAUUGUGUUAAACAAUUUCCAAUCAUAGGUUAAAAGGUUAAUUGGGAAGUUUUGCAAAUCUUUGAGUGCUUUCAGACUGAUUUUAGUCUAUUAUUAUCAUCAUCAUUCAGAUAAUUUCUUUGCUGUUAAGAUUUUCAGACAGUUGUUUACCAUGUGGUUGUAGUAUGCCGUUAUUAUCAAUGCUUGGCCUCUUUUUUGGGACGUAAAA